AUGGUCAAGGAAAUGCUUUCACUGCAGAAUACUUCUGGCACGGAAAGCUUCCGGAGUAACUAUCUGGAGCUACGUCAUAAGGCACCGCCUGCCGUUGUUCUUAGAACGGACCAGGACUUCGAGUACUCCAGAGAAGCAGUACAAGCGAAGUGCAGUACCACGUUUGACAGCGUCGAUCUUAGCAGCUUUCAGCGGAGCAUCUACGAGAACGCGGACGAGGCCCACUGGUAUAUGAAUCACGGCCCAGGCGGUUUACCAGACUUCAACUGGACCGAGGAACGAGACAAAUUCGAACUCGAACACCAGCAAACUCAAAGGCCGCUGGAACAUACAGACCACUCUCCAAAAACACCGUCGGUCUCGCCGCUCACGUCACUACAUCCUCCAAAAGCAGAAACAACACCAGUGAUCGUUCCAAACGACUCUCCACUAACGCCAUCGGAGUCAUCACUGACAGAUUCGCAACCCCCUAAUUCGUCCGUGGAGAUCCCAGCAAAUACACCACAAAUAGUCAUCCCAGACGACUCGUGGCCGCACGGACUCGAGUUGAGAAGAAGUGAAAAGCAACUAGAAGCGCUCCUAAGAAAACCGCAGAUAAUGAUUUGA